AUGUUUGACUGUAUGGAGGCUCUAGGGAUGGCCCCCCGGCCGCUCUUCGACGUGUCCAUUCAGGGGGCUUGUAUGCUGGGCAAGGCCACCCCCUUCUUCCCUGGUCUGGACCCCUUUGCCUGGGCUGGGACGGCCAGUGUUCAGUGUAAGUGAAGUAUUUGCUCUGUCUCCUCACUAGACUCAUCAGACUGGAAAAGCAUGUGUGUGUGCUGUGUGUGUUUGUGCAGAGCCAGGGUUUUCACUCUCCUCAUCAGACUGGUGGUGUUAUUGUGAUAAUGCGGAAAUAGUGACUAUCUCAGUGUGCAUGUGUGUCCUUAUCAGAGUGCUGAUGUUAUCAUAGAGCUCUCUCCACAGGAAGAGACAGAUUCCAUUCGAUUCUCUGUGCCCUUUCUCAUCCUCCAGUUUGUUUGUUUAUGUGCUCAGUGUGUGUGUGGGGGACUGCAUAUUUAUUCAUCAUCAUGUUUGUUUUCUUUUUAAAUGACUUCAGAUGAAUGAUUUAGCUUUCUCUCACAAUAUGGGCCCCCUGACCUUGUGAGGUGUUUAGAAGCUAACUACCAAAGUCAAAAUGAAAGUGGAUCCUUAAGAGGGAUCACAAGAGGCACAAUGAUGAAAGCAUAUGACCCAUUUCAGUAGAGAUAUGGGUAACUGAUGCAAUGUGAAUAACUAGGCCUACUUAAAAACAUAAUUAGCAUCUAACUUAAAAGUUCAUUUGAGGGCAAAACUGUUAAUGAAGAAUAACUAGAGCAUGAAUAAGUAGGACAUUACAGCUUUACAGUAACAACUGAGGCCCUGGGCUGGAACAGGGCCCUGUCUCUCUCUCUUUUCCUAGAGGCUUUGCCACUUUACUAACACACAUAAUGCCUGUAUGAGUGAGAAGGAGUAAAGAAAAUAACUUGAGUUAUUGUUAUGCAGUCCAUCUACCCUCACCACUGUAUUUCAUAUGAUAAUAGCCUACUCUGGCACUGGCAACAUGGUGUUUCUGGCAUGCUCAUUUGAAUAUAAAAGAUGAGGGGGGCCUUGCUAUUGCACUAAAAUAACGUGUUCAGGCAGUGAAGACACACACAGGAAACUAUUAGAGAUGUUAUAUUUAUCUAUUUAAUUCAGUUGGCCUACACAAUUUUACGCAAGGCUUUGCCCCCUUAGUACCUUUUGUGUUGGUUGAAUAAUUGCGUCCCAGGCGAGUUCUACUUAAUGGCAGUAGGCCUACACCGUGUGCUGGUUAGUUUCAGUUCUUCCAGGUGAAAGGCCUAUAUAUCUUCAUUAAUCGUGAAGACACCAGGGUUUCAGGCGCUGUCAGCCCCACGGUGUUUCCCGUAAUGAAGACGAAUGAGCUGUCAGGGCGAGCGAGACCACAGCCGGUCUCAACUUGCUAAAUACAAUCGCCAACUUCUGAGGGGACAGGAGGACAACAAAAAACUACUACAAUUGUAUUGAACAUCGAAACUAUGGCCCUUUCUUUCUUCGGUAACAGUCUAGGUCCUAUAUUGUCCUGUCCUAAAGUGUCCUUAUUACAGUGUAGGCUAAUAACCUUUAUGUAGCGCAAAUGUGCAUAGUGGCCAUCAUACCACUUUUUCAUUUAAGAGAAUUAGAUUUAUUUUCCCACGAACACUUUAAGUGAAUUAAGUUCAGUUUAUAAACAACUUUUCUCUGAACAGUUGGUUGCCUUCACAAAAUAGUAUCUGUUGUUAGGCAGUUUGAGAAAGAGACAAAGAGAAGGAGAAAACAGAAUAGGCCUAAAGACCACAGAAAUGUCCUUUGAUAGGCGUGGAUGGCCCCGUGCGGGGGAGAGAGAAAAGAGGGAUCUAGAGUGUUGAGUGUUCAUCUUUAGACCGGUGUUCUGUUUCCAUCCUCUGUUCUCAAUAACCUCUGUAAACAUUGAGAGACAAUAACUCGCGAAGAGGCGUAAUUCACCCACUCUAUUCACACUGGUUAGCCCUCAUUGUUGCCAACAGACAGAUGAGCUAGCAAUGGCUUACCCUUACAUUGCCAAACAAGGAAAGGUCGGACUAAAAUCAAAUUUAGGGAGUAUGAUAGCAUAAUAACCAGUAAGAGCUCAUUCAAAUGCUCAAAGAAGUGGGUAUUUGUGGAGUGUGUUCAACCUGGACUCAGGGGUAGACAUAACAUAGUAAAUGAAAAUCCGGACACUCCAAUUAGUAUGAUAUGUUACGUUUCGUAUGGAAACCUAUGUAUUAAUUUGUGGAUGUCCAUCAUCCAUUUCGUAUGAUGUUACGAUUUACAAUUCGUACAAUAUGUUACAAAUUUGCAAAACGUAUGAUAUGUUACGAAUUCCUAUUUGUUUUGGCUAAUGUUAGCUAGGUGGUUAGGAGUUAGGUUAAAGGGUUAGGGGAAGGGUUAGCUAACAUUCUAAGUAGUUGUAAAGUAGCUAAAAAAGUAGUAAGUAGUUGCAAAAGUUGUCCGUGAUGAGAUUCGAACACGCAACUUUUGGGUUGCUAGUCGUUCGCAUUAUACGCCCACACCGACCAACCACCCACCUUACUUUCCUUUUUUGCCUUGAAGAUGCUCCGCCAUUUCCUGGUUGCUAAAAUUCGGAUAGUUCGCCUAAUUUCAGUUUAUGUGACAAAACAAACAAGUAUAGUGUAAAUGAUCGGAGAGGUUGAGGGUAGCGGAAGUUCAGGAGUAAAAACAAACAAAAUAGAAUUAUUAUAAAAUUGACUGUGUCCAUAAAAUGUAUAUAGUAUGUAUAAGCUGGAAGUAGAAGCCUAAGCGUUGUUGUUCACUAGUUUACUCCAAUUAGGGGAGGGGUGGUUGGGUUGGAAAGUAAUAAAGGGAAAUAUAUUUAAAAAAGGGAUAUGUAUAUAUAUGUAUGUAUAUGUAUAUGUAUAUGUAUUUAUAUGUAUGUAUGUAUAUAUUUGCGAGAAAAAAACCAUAUGGGGGAUUGGAAGUGAUGCAGACAAUUACAUUGAUGGAAGUUACAAUCUAUCUGCAAUAUUAAAGCUGAUCUACCCCCUAAUUUAUUUUUAUUUUUUAUUAAUCAUUGUACCAUCACAACCGCUGUGAAAUAUAUUUUCCAUAAACAAAAAUAUUGUAUUUUCAGCUGUUUGAAGCUGGUGUACAAAAACAAAAGUAAAAUAUGCAAAAGGGAAACUUAAAAAUGGGAAGUAUAGAAAUAGCACACAUAGAACAGCUCUACCGCUUCUUAGACUUGCUUUCAAUGAGAAUGACAGAUCUAUAACUCACAUUUCUAUGAUUUGGUCAUGCUAAUUUGAGUGUUCUAUAUUUACGUUUACUAUGUUAAGUCUAGUCUAUGAGACCAGGCUGGUGUGUUUGAUGUUUUAGUUUUUUUGCCCUUGGAUGGUGAACUACAGCGUGUCAUUGUUUAGCAUUGACAGAAAGGUCAAUGAUAGAUGACAGGCUUAUCAACUACGAAUGAGGCCAUCACUUUUUCACAAAAAGACAACCCAAGCUCAUAUUGGUCUCUAUUACUCUGACACACCGCAUUGUGUUUUAUCCAAUUUGAUAACGUAAAUAUUCUGAAGGCUGUAGGUCUGUCUCAUAUGACAUCAGCAGAAAAAAACAUUUGGCCUACAGGAGAGCACAACGUAUCAGCACUAGUAUCAACAACACAGCUAACCUAUGAAGGAUCCGCCAGGGGGUAGAUUGGAAUAGAGGCUCUGUCACAGUGUGGAACUUGGUCAUGUUACUUCUCUAAAUUCUCAUAAUCCGGGAUAGGCAUUCAGGGGGCCCUAGUGUGUGUGUGUGUGGCCAGCUUUCCUGUUUUCUGUUGUUUUUAUGUGAGGCAGUUCAGGACCUCUCUACCUCCCUUGGUUUCAAUGUCAGGCGUUAUGGAGAGAGCACAGACAGGCCAAAGUCAGGACCUGUGUGUGUGUGUCCGUCUUUGCACACUGGUGGGCUUCCUAAUAAAGAAAGAGAAAGGCAUAAUUUUAAACACAAUUGAAUAAAGUAGACAUGGUAUUGUACAAUAAUGAAAGCAAUACCAAUCAAGGACUAUACAUGCCAUUAUUUUGAGUUCUUAUGAGUGUGCUGCUGUAUAUGUGUGUCCAUCUCACUGAAUCAUGCAUACAGUAUCCCUCGGAUCUUGUGUCUUGUCAGAAUACGUCAACAUCAUUUGUUUGCCUUUAAUCAAGGCCUUUAAUUAUUCAAUUAUAAUUACAAAAGGCUCAAUUAAGAGAUUAGACUGCCUGCAGGGACGGGGCCGCAAGAAGAGAUGGAUGAAAGGGGGUUUGAUUAGGGAUUAACAUUUACCCCCUACAAUUCCAUCCCUUCUUCUGUACUCAGGGGGUUUCAUCCUUUCAUCAGAGAAUAUGCCAGCGUGUUUUCUGUGGGAGUGAUAAAACUAAUCCCCUGUCUCUCUCUGCUUCUCUCCUCUCUGCCCUUGAUGUCUUAUUCACUACCAGCUUGAAGGUCAUAUGGCCACAUUAUACGUGUCAUGACUAUGUUAGGAAGCUCAGGUGAAAUAGGAUUAAAUGAUAGUUUGUCUUAAAUGCUAUGCCUUCAGGAUGAAACAAUAUGGUUACAGAUUAACUGCAAGGUGAGAAUAUUUCUCUAUGAGAAAUUGGAGAGGGAGGAUGAAAUCUACAUUGCAGUAUGUACAGUAAUACAUCAGCAUAAACAUACUUUUUUCAUGGUCAAAUAAAAAUAGAAAAUACUUCUACACUCCUCACAGGUAUAUGUUUUUAGUUUCCAUAAUAAGACAUGUAUGCAUAAAGGCAGCAGUUUGUAAAGUAAGAAUUUACACAAACAUACUAGGGCCAGUUUGAUUGAAUAUGUCUAAGACAAGGAUAGGGAGACAGAGUGAAAUACUAUUUGUGAGGUAGAUGGUAGCUGAGAGGGUUUAGAGGGAGAGUGAGAGAGAAUAUAUCCCAAAGACGGUGUGUUUGCGUCUGCGGUGUGUGUGCUUUUGUGUGUCUGUCUCAGCGCUCAGACGGCCGUCCCUGUUUGUGCCUGCGCAGAUUUCACAGGCCCCUGAUGGAAUUCGGUAAUAGCAUUUUAUUGCCUGUCUUCAGUGGGCGAGGGAACACAGUAAAUAAUAUCGGCUGUCCAUGGUGCGUCCACUCCUAUGGAUCCUACACAGUGUCCUGGGACGCCUCUGGGCUGGCUUUCCCAUAGUGCCAUUGGGCCAGGGCAUGGGAGAAGGACCCAGUCAACCCUACCUUUUGUAUUAGUCUGUUAUUGUUUUCCAAAGUCAGAGAACCACUCAUUUACAUAAUAUAAAGAUUUUCUACAUUAUAUGUAUUUUGUACAUGAUCAGACUGUCGUCAGGCACCUCUCUAUGGUUUCUCCUAGAUAGACAUAGAAUGGUUGUAGAUGACGUGACGUGACGCCUCAGGACUACCUGUGUGUGUUAGUGUAUGGUCUGUCUGUCUGUCUCUGGGAGUGUGUAUGUAUCUAAGUUUGGGAUCCGACCCCAGAGGAAGUGGGGAUCCUGUCUUCCUGUGGCAGGGCAAUGCUGAGCAGAGCACCAGUAAGUAGCUAGUCAACUGAUUGCUACUCUUCAGACAAAAAUAAGCUGUGCCAAGCUGAAGCUUGAGUUACUGUUUGAGUUAUUAGCUGAGUCCUAUUCAGAUGUGCUAAACUGGCCGACCACACAAAAGGGAUUGAUUUUAAGUGACUGAUUAGUUGAUUGAUAUAUUGAUGAUUGAUACAUUGAUUUACUGGUUGAGAAUCUUGGUCUUAAAGUGCUAGGUUGUUUGGAUACUCAAACCUCGCUCAGUCAGAUGAGUGCUUUAGUAAUUGCGGUGACUGAACCACUUGUACUGCACUAGGAUUAGUGGUUCUUGACAGUAAUGACAAAUUGUUUCCCAAUUUCAGUGUAACUCAAACAAUCUUGUAAGUAAUGGGAUUAGCUUGGUAGAGUUAUUGAAAAGCAGUUACUGUAGCAUGAGGAAGCAGCCAGGCAGCACUGUAGUGCCUCACCUGUUGUAAUGAAUAGUAUUUUCCAUCUAGUCUUGUUCCAGCUUGUCUCACACUCUGUCAUUCCCCUCUUUAUUGUGUCAUAACAGUCUCUCCCAUACAUGGCCACAACACAUUGACUUCAAUGGUUGAAUGUUUGGAAACAAUGGGAACAUUUGGGAGUGUGUGUGUGUACAGUUGAAGUCGGAAGUUUACAUACACCUUAGCCAAAUACAUUUAAACUCAGUUUUUCACAAUUCCUGACAUUUAAUCCUAGUAAAAAUUCCCUGUCUUAGGUCAGUUAGGAUCACCACUUUAUUUAAGAAUGUGAAAUGUCAGAAUAAUAGUAGAGAGAAUUAUUUAUUUCAUCUUUUAUUUCUUUCAUCACAUUCCCAGUGGGUCAGAAGUUUACAUACACUCAAUUAGUAUUUGGUAGCAUUGCCUUUAAAUUGUUUAACAUGGGUCAAAUGUUUCGGGUAGCCUUCCAGAAGCUUCCCACAAUAAGUUGGGUGAAUUUUGGCCCAUUCCUCUUGACAGAGCUGGUGUAACUGAGUCAGGUUUGUAGGCCUCCUUGCUCGCACACGCUUUUUCAGUUCUGCCCACAAAUGUUCUAUAGGAUUGAGGUCAGGGCUUUGUGAUGGCCACUCCAAUACCUUGACUUUGUUGUCCUUAAGCCAUUUUGCCACAACUUUGGAAGUAUGCUUGGGGUCAUUGUCCAUUUGGAAGAGCCAUUUGCGACCAAGCUUUAACUUCCUGACUGAUGUCUUGAGAUGUUGUUUCAAUAUAGCCACAUAAUUUUCCUUCCUCAUGAUGCCAUCUAUUUUGUGAAGUGCACCAGUCCCUCCUGCAGCAAAGCACCCCCACAGCAUGAUGCUGCCACCCCGUGCUUCACGGUUGAGAUGGUGUUCUCCGGCUAGCAAGCAUCCCCCUUUUUCCUCCAAACAUAACGAUGGUCAUUAUGGCCAAACAGUUCUAUUUUUGUUUCAUCAGACCAGAGGACAUUUCACCAAAAAGUACGAUCUUUGUCCCCAUGUGCAGUUGCAAACUGUAGUCUGGCUUUUUAUGGCGGUUUUGGAGCAGUGGCUUCUUCCUUGCUGAGCGGCCUUUCAGGUUAUGUUGAUAUAGGACUCGUUUUACUGUGGAUAUAGAUACUUUUGUACCUGUUUCCUCCAGCAUCUUCACAAGGUCCAUUGCUGUUCUUCUGGGAUUGAUUUGCACUUUUCGCACCAAAGUACGUUCAUGUCUAGGAGACAGAACGUGUCUCCUUCCUGAGCGGUAUGACGGCUGCGUGGUCCCAUGGUGUUUAUACUUGCGUACUAUUAUUUGUACAGAUGAACGUGGUACCUUCAGGUGUUUGGAAAUUGCUCCCAAGGAUGAACCAGACUUGUGGAGGUCUACAAUUUUGUUUCUGAGGUCUUGGCUGAUUUCUUUUGAUUUUUCCAUGAUGUCAAGCAAAGAGGCACUGAGUUUGAAGGUAGGCCUUCAAAUACAUCCACAGGUACACCUCCAAUUGACUCAAAUGAUGUAAAUUAGCCUAUCAGAAGCUUCUAAAGCCAUUUUCUGGAAUUUUCCAAGCUGUUUAAAGGCACAGUCAACUUAGUGUAUGUAAACUUCUGACCCACUGGAAAUAAGAUACAGUGAAUUAUAAGUGAAAUAAUCUGUCUGUAAACAAUUGUUGGAAAAUGUACUUGUGUCAUGCACAAAGUAGAUGUCCAAACCGACUUGCCAAAACUAUAGUUUGUUAACAAGAAAUUUGUGGAGUGGUUGAAAAACGAGUUUUAAUGACUCCAACCUAAGUGUAUGUAAACUUCCGACUUCAACUGUAGGUCUAUGUGUGUUUUUGUCUCAGUGUUGUUGUUCAUCAAGGUGGGAUUAGGAAGGCAUGGCUGUUUGAAGCAUAGUGUUGGUCGUCUGACAGGAAAGUGUUGUGCGGAAAGUAGGGGUAGUUGGUGAGUAGGGGAGAUGAGGAGAUGAGGGGUGGCCAAAUGUUGACUCCUUUUCAUCAAAAAAGGGGUGAAAUAAAAAGGUAGCUUUAUGAGGUGUUGUAAAGAAGAAAGGCUGCUUUGUAUGCAGGCCAGUGAAUGUGAGGGGCAAUCCUGAUUUAACAACCGUCCCUAAAAAAGAACCCCCCUUCACAGAGAAACCAUGCUUUCCUGUCCAUCUCUGUUAGGAGAAAAACACAUGGGAGUAAAUAUUGCAUAAAACACUGCAGUGGUAUUUAUAGAGUGAACAUAUACGAAAGUCAGUACAGAUGUAGGAUCUUAAUUUGAGCCAUUCUGCUAAAAAUAUUCCUGCAGCAACUGGAAAUAUUAAGUAUUAUGUGGGUUAUAAUUAAUGGACAUUUUUGUAGGGGUCAAGUCUGAAAUUUCAAGUCUGACAUUUCAAAGUGGAAAUUACAAACUUCAGAAGCCUUUUUAAACCUCAAAUACACCACAAGUUGUACAUUUCCUGAAAGUUCCCUGCAACAGGAUGAUCAAAUUAAGAUCCUACAUCUGUAGGUGAAUUUGCAGCAUUACUCUCCACAUAAUCUGUGUGUGUGUGUAUGUGUGUUUGCUGUAUAGUCCACGGCUGUGUGUUGUUCUAGUAAGGGUGUGAUAAUUCCUCUCUGAUUGUGUGUGUGCAUGCAUGAGCUGGUGUGUGCUCAUGUGUUUGUGUGUGUGACCCCCUCUUGCCUGUGUGUUUGGUGUUGCUGUUUUUAUGGAGCCAUCUCCUGGAUGGUAGCCUGGUUUUAUCACAGGCUUUCCUUUCAAAGAGGCUCCCAAUGACAGGAAGGACUCCUCCUCCCAACAGGGCAGGAAGGCAGAAGGGGGGAGAGAGGGAGGGAGGGAUAUGGGACAGGCCAGGGCGGGGCGGGGGAAGGGUGGUGAGGGAGGAUGGGUUGUGUAGGUAUUGAACUUAAGACAGCUGAUGAAAGGAAGUGCCAUUGCUUCACAUUUUGGACUGAAAUCUCUUCAACCAUAACCCCCCCCCCCACCCUCCCCCCACACACACACACACACGCACACACAUAUACACGCACUCAGCAUAUCCUCUCCUGGGGUUCAGGCCUAUCUCUUCCCUAUAGGUUAUCUGUAAACAUAGGCCUAUCUGUAAUAGUGAACUAGUACUUUCAACACCACGGUACAGAUACAACUCUAGAACCAUCCAUUAAAUCAGUUCAGACAUUCAUAAAUUUGCCCACAGCAUGCUCAUUUCAAAGUCUGAGUGGUCAUGGUGGACAUAUAAAUUUGAAGACACACAUGGGAAUUGUUUUCCUGUUUCUUGGUAUAUACAGGAUGGGAUGAGUUAAUGUAGUCUCCAUUUUCUCCUUCUGAUCAGGCUUAAGGUGGUGUGCGUGUCAGUGGAGGCUGCUGAGGGGAUGAUGGCUCAUAAUAAUGGUUGGAAUGGAGUAUAAUGGUUGGAAUGGAGUGAAUGGAAUGGUAUCAAACAGAUGAAAACCAUGUGUUUGAUGCCAUUCAAUUUACUCCAUUCUGGCCAUUAUUAUGAGCCAUUCUCCCCUUAGCAGCCUCCUCUGCGGUGCAUGUGUGUUGUUCCAACAUACUGUAUGUGUUGUUACCCUAUUUCACACUGAAAGUCACACUGAAAGUCACACUGAAAGUCACACUGAAAACCGCCACACACAUUCCAACAUGUUCAUAAGCUGAAACAAGCCUACACUCACACACAUUCACACACACACACACACACACAUUCCACAGCACACUCCAGAACAUUUUGUGAGGCGAGAAGUUAUGUAAAAAAAAAAUUUGCUAACCAAAUUAGUCUUUGGAGACCUGAUAACGCCAUACUGUAGAUUGGAGCACGGGCAAUUUAAAACUGAAUGCCUACAGUCAUGUACCGAGAUUCCAUUAUGUUGGCACUACAUACAUUUGUGCAGAAAGUCAUCUCUAUAAAAUGCCAUCUCAUAUCGAUCAUUAGAACUAGAUAAAGCCAUGUGACCUGACCAGGAAAAAUGACUAUUACGUUAUUGCCAGGUAUCACUAGGACAUGGAGUUUUUCCUUGUCAGAUCCCUGGGUCAGGAAAACUACUGCCCCUAGAACUAUUUUGUUCAUAAUCCAAAAUGUUCCUCUUGUAAGGACUACUAGAGAAAAUACAAGAGAGGCAAACGUAGACAAAAUCACAGGAUACUCCAUAGUAUUAAUGGUGCCGGAGGAGAUGGCUUCCGUUUUACAAGCUCCUAACCAAUUGUGCUAUUAUGUGUGUUUUUUUACGUUAUUUGUAACUUAUUUUGUACAUAAUGUUUCUGCCACCGUCUCUUACGACCGAAAAGAGCUUAUGGAUAUUAGGACAGCGAUUACUCACCUCGUACUGGACGAAGAUUUUUUCUUCAACGUGUCGGACGCGAAGGAUUUACUUCAGACACCCGACAAGGCCCAAAUCCCCGUCAUUCGCAGGAGAAAGAGACAGAGAUAUCGGGGAUGUAGGUCGGGGUGCCUUGUGAGCAUCCGACGGCGAGUGGGUAAUCUGCCUCUUCCAUCAGUCAUAUUAGCCAACGUACAAUCAUUGGAUAACAAAAUUGACGAGCUACGAUCAUGAAUAUCCUACCAACGGGACAUUAAAAACAGUAAUAUCUUAUGUUUCACCGAGUCGUGGCUGAACGACGACAUGGAUAACAUACAACGGCCUCCGGUAAGACAAGGGUGGCGGUCUGUGUAUAUUUGUAAACAACAGCUGGUGCACGAAAUCUAAUAUUAAGGAAGUCUCGAGGUUUUGCUCGCCUGAGGUAGAGUAUAUCAUGAUAAGCUGUAGACCACACUAUUUACCAAGAGAGUUUUCAUCUAUAUUUUUCGUAGCUGUCUAUUUACCACCAUACAAACCUAUGCUGGCACUAAGACCGCAGUCAAUGAGCUGUAUAAAGCCAUAAGCAAACACAGGAAAACAUUCAUCCAGAGGCGGCACUCCUAGUGGCCAGGGACUUUAAUGCAGGGAAACUUAAAUCAGUUUUACCUCAUUUCUACCAGCAUGUUAAAUGUGCAACCAGAGGGAAAAAACUCUAGACCACCUUUACUCCACACACAGAGACGCGUACAAAAGUACAUACCCCAACCAGAAGCCAUGGAUUACAGGCAACAUCCGCACUGAGCUAAAGGGUAGAGCUGCCGCUUUUAAGGAGCGGGACUCUAACCCGGACGCUUAUAAAAAAUCCCCCUAUGCCCUCUGACGAACCAUCAAACAGGCAAAGCUUCAAUACAGGAGUAAGAUUGAAUCGUACUACACCGGCUCCAAUGCUCGUCGGAUGUGGCAGGGUUUGCAAACUAUUACAGACUACAAAGGGAAGCACGGCCGCGAGCUGCCCAGUGACACGAGCCUACCAGACGAGCUAAAUCACUUCUAUGCUCGCUUCGAGGCAAGCAACACUGACGCAUGCAUGAGAGCAUUAGCUGUUCCGGACGACUGUGUGAUCACGCUCUCCGUAGCCGAUGUGAGUAAGACCUUUAAACAGGUCAACAUUCACAAGGCCGCAGGGCCAGACAGAUUACCAGGACGUGUAGUCCGAGCAUGCGCUGACCAACUGGCAAGUGUCUUCACUGACAUUUUCAACCUGUCCCUGACUGAGUCUGUAAUACCAACAUGUUUCAAGCAGACCACCAUAGUCCCUUUGCCCAAGAACACUAAGGUAACCUGCCUAAAUGACUAUAGACCGGUAGCACUACGUCUGUAGCCAUGAAGUGCUUUGAAAGGCUGGUCAUGGCUCACAUCAACACCAUUAUCCCAGAAACACUAGACCCACUACAAUUUGCAUACCGCCCCAACAGAUCCAAAGAUGAUGCAAUCUCUAUUGCACUCCACACUGCCCUUUCCCACCUACGUGAGAAUGCUAUUCAUUGACUACAGCGCAGCAUUCAACCCCAUAGUGCCCUCAAAGCUCAUCACUAAGCUAAGGACCCUGGGACUAAACACCUCCCUCUGCAACUGGAUCCUGGACUUCCUGACGGGCCGCCCCCAGGUGGUUAGGGUAGGUAACAACACAUCUGCCACGCUGAUCGUCAACACAGGGGCCCCUCAGGGGUGCGUGCUCAGUCCCCUCCUGUACUCCCUGUUCACCCAUGACUGCAUGGCCAGGCACGACUCCAACACCAUCAUUAAGUUUGCCGACGACACAACGGUGGUAGGCCUGAUCACCGACAACGAUGAGACAGCCUAUAGGGAGGAGGUCAGAGACCUGGCCAUGUGGUGCCAGGAUAACAACCACUCCCUCAAUGUGAUCAAGACAAAGGAGAUGAUUGUGGACUACAGGAAAAGAAGGACCGAGCACGAACCCAUUCUCAUCGACGGGGCUGUAGUGGAGUAGGUUGAGAGCUUCAAGUUCCUUGGUGUCCACAUCACCAACAAACUAUCAUGGUCCAAACACACCAAGACAGUCGUGAAGAGGGCACGACAAAGCCUAUUCCCCCUCAGGAGACUGAAAAGAUUUGGCAUUGGUCCUCAGAUCCUCAAAAUGUUCUAUAGCUGCACCUAGAGAGCAUCCUGACUAGUUGCAUCACUGCCUGGUAUGGCAACUGCUCGGCCUCCGACCGCAAGGCACUACAGAGGGUAGUGUGUACGGCCCCGUACAUCACUAGGGCCAAGCUUCCUGACAUCCAGGACCUCUAUACCAGGCGAUGUCAGAGGAAGGCCCUAAAAAUUGUGAAAGACUCCAGCCACCCUAGUCAUAGACUGUUCUCGCUGCUACUGCAUGGCAAGUGGUACCAGAGCACCAAGUCAGCUAAUCAAAUGGCUACCUGAACUAUUUGCAUUGUCCCCCCCUUUGGAUAAAAGCGUCUGCUAAAUGGCAUAUUAUAUUUGAUUUGAGUAACAUCCCAUGGAGAGGGUCUGUCAGCCCCCCAGGCUGACUGAAGCUCACCCCUGAGACGUCUGAGCUGCACCUCAAGCGAUGCGCUACACUCUGUCGCCCACAGCGAAUGAAAGGAGCCCUUCAUCACAGCAUACAUUCAACACGCUACACUGUGUGCGUGUGGGCGCGUGCUGGAUAUGAAAACACAUUUCUCACCGCUGAGAUCCAUGUGACAUAUGACAUAUGGGUGAAAAGUUUGCAUAAGGUCUUGACUAAAGCUUCUUCAUGGUUCGCCUGUUGUAGCAAUCAAACUGUUCUAACAUACGCUAUAGCCUACACUGACAAAUUGUUUUUAAUUGUGUAACUGACAAGCCUGUAUCUACAAUGAGGUUCAUUCAGACAUGUAAUAAGUUUCAUAAGUCAAGAGAACUCUGUAAUUACGUGAAAAGUUGGCAUGGCCUCACAUGGCUAGCUAUUACAGCCUCAAGCCACAGCUGUAAUAGCUAGCAGCUGUAGAGCGAGUUAAGACAGACCUAUGCUGCAUGGUUGAAAGACAGACAGAGAGAAAGAGGGGGAUAGAUGGGGGAGAGUGUGAAGGCCAAUCGACGGUAGUGGUGCAUGUAUAAGUGACAGAGGGGGAUUAUGAAGACUCGCUCCCUCCCCUGCACAAAGAAGCCAUGCAGAGACUGAGGGGAUUAGGAGUAAAAUGAUACGGAAUGGUGAUGGCUCUGCUGUACCUGCCCUCCCCACCCACACCCACCAUCACCCCCACCCCUCCUCAGAGCCCAGGCUGACACACGGCACUCAGGAUGGGGAUUGUCAUGCUAAUUGCGUCCCAGGCUUCUGGGGGCUGAGAAGGAAGGCCUCAGGUUUCACAGGAGCUUUUGUUUUCUAAACAGUGAUGUGUCGAGCUGAGACACACUGAAGGAGAAGCAGAGAGAGAGAAAGAGGGAGUGAGAGAGCGAGAAAGCAAGAGGGAGAGAAAGAGAGUGGGAGUGCGAGAGAGAGAGAGAAAGAGAGAGAUGUGUAGAGCUGAGGAGACACACUGAAGGAGAAGCAGAGAGAAAGUGGGAGCGAGAGAGAGCGAAAGCAAGAGGGAGAGAAAGAAGGUGAGAGCAAGAGAGAGAGAAAGAGCAAACUGCAGGCAACUAAAGCACCAGGGUAGACACAGACCCACUUUUGCACAAAGUGAAAAGGUGGAAGAAGGAAGGUAGAGAGGGAUAAACAAGGAUGGAGAGAGGGAGGUGGGCGAGAGAGGAAUAAAGCGAGAUAGAGGGAGUUGUGAGGGGUGGAGCUGGUCUAAUUGCUUGUCUGGGGGUAGUCCUAUGGAUGUGUGCUGAUUGAUGUAGUGACGCUGUGAGGUGAGCCGUGGGUGAAGAGAGAGACAGAAGGAGAGAGAGAGGGGCGUUUUUUCAGGCUGAGGCUCAGAGGCUGGGCUCAGUUCAGGGUGAUGACAGAUCCUGACAGAUUCAGGCCCCCUCUCUCUCUGUCUCUUCCAGCCAGGUGGAGCUGGGAUUGUCCCUAUCUAUUUCUCUGUGUUCUCCUGUUCUCCCUCACUCGUGUCCUUCUAUGCCCCUUCCUCUUUCUCUGUCUCCCUCGCUCCCUUUAUCUUGUGUCCUUCUGUCUUCUCCCCCUUUUCUCUCUCCCUCUCUCCACCUCUCCCCCUCUCUCCACCUCUCCCCCCUCUGUUCAGACAUUGUCAGUCACUACCUCUCCCCUGGCGCCACAUGCAGCUCCUCCUUUUCAAUAGGAGUCUUUUUUCAAGGCAUUUCUUUCAUUGUCAGUGUUACUACAUAAACAGAAAACAGCACUCCGGUUACAGUGUCCCUCACUCAGCACCAACCCACUCCCCACGACCCUACUACCUCCACUACCUGCCUCUACUGACAGCAUGGGUGUCCCAAAAGGCACCCUAUUCCCUAUGUAGUGCACUAAUUCCCUAUGACCAUAGGAGCAACAGUUGAAGUAGUGGUAGCAUCCCAAAUAUGCUAUUGGUUGUAGUGUUGAUGGUAGUAAGAUGUUGGGUUACCGAUAGUGGUAGUGGUAUUGGUAGUGGUUUUAGGCUAUUGGUCUAGUAGUAGUACUAUUGGUAGCUAGUACUAAUGGUAGUGGUGGUAGUAGACUGUUAGGCUAUUGGUAGCUACUACUUAUGGUAUUUGUAUUUGUAUUUAUUAUGGAUCCCCAUUAGCUGCUGACAAGACAACAACUACUCUUCCUGGGGUCCAGAAAAAUUAAGGAAGUUAGACCAUUUUUAAAAAACAGUUUUUAAAAUCUGAUUCUACUGCUUGCAUCAGUUACCUGAUGUGGAAUAGUCAUGGCUCUAUGUAGUACUGUGCGCCUCCCAUAGUCUGUGGACUUGGGGACUGUGAAGAGACCUCUGGUGGUGUGUCUUGUGGGGUAUGCAUGAGUGUCCGAGCUGUGUGCCAGUAGUUCAGACAGACAGCUCGGUGCAUUCAACAUGUCAAUACCUCUCACAAAUACAAGUAGUGAUGAAGUCAAUCUCUCCUCCACUUUGAGCCAGGAGAGAUUGACAUGCAUAUUAUUAAUGUUAGCUUUCUGUGUACAUCCAAGGGACAGCCAUGCUGCCCGGUUCUGAGCCAAUUGCAAUUUCCCUAAGUCCCUCUUUGUAGCACCUGACCACACAACUGAACAGUAGUCCAGGUGUGACAAAACCAGGGCCUGUAGGACCUGCCUUGUUGAUAGUGCUGUUAAGAAUGCAGAGAAGCGCUUUAUUAUGGACAGACUUCUCCCCAUUUUAGCUACUGUUGUAUCAAUAUGUUUUGACCAUGACAGUUUACAAUCCAGGGUUACUCCAAGCAGUUUAGUCACCUCAACUUGCUCCAUUUCCACAUCAUUUAUUACAAGAUUUAGUUGAGGUUUAGGGUUUAAUAAAUGAUGUGUCCCAAAUACAAUGCUUUUUGAAAUAUUUAGGACUAACUUAUUCCUUGCCACCCAUUCUGAAACUAACUGCAGCUCUUUAUUAAGUGUUGCAGUCAUUUCAGUCGCUGUAGUAGCUGACGUGUAUAGUGUUGAGUCAUCAGCAUACAUAGACACACUGGCAUUACUCAAAGCCAGUGGAAUGUCGUUAGUAAAGAUUGAAAAAAUAAAGGGGCCUAGACAGCUGCCCUGGGGAAUUCCUGAUUCUACCUGGAUUAUAUUGGAGAGGCUUCCAUUAACCUUUUCACAUGUGAGUUCCAAAUAUCUCUAACGGUCGCCCCAGCGUGAGUUGUUUUAUGCACGUAAUGUUCCAAAUUGUGAUUGUUACGCAACAGGACAGUUAACACACAGUUAUCACACAGUUAUCUAUAGGCUAUGUUUCAACUUGUCAAUUUCAAAUUAUUUUUUAACAAGUUUUAUUUUCUAACAGUUUGAAUUGAAGUGUGUUCCGCCUCCUCAUUAAUUCACAUAGAAGUAUCCCAUUUCACUGUUGCGGACAAUUUAUGUUUGAGGCUUUACUGAGCUGGAUAAACUUCUCUCCUUGAGGAGAGCCCAAGCACUUCCCCAGUGUUUCCGCAGAUCAAGUAUGCAGACAUUUGCACAGUCUUGCACGAACUGGCACAUUUUCUGGCUGGUGCUCGCAUUGCAUUCAUUGUUGUUUUCCUUACAAAUAAUAAUAUUGGACAUGUGCGUACCUUUCAAAGUAAGUGCCUUAUUUUCUGUAUAUUGUGUUGUUGUUUCUACUGUAGCAUACAGUAUGUAUGUAUGGAUGUUACGAACCGGCUCGUAGACCGUAACAAAGAGGGAGACAACGCGGAGAUAAAGAAAUAACAAACAUAUUUAUUAAAUAAAGUAAACUAUAUCCAAGUAACAAUGGUGUGUGUAGUCAGUAGUGUAAGUGAGUGGAUGCGUGCAUAGAUGGUGAUAAUGAGGGGUGUUGAGAGGUGCCAAAACAAAUGAACACAAAGAAGCCCCAAAAUGCCACAACCAAACACAACAGUGUGUCUGCGUGGAGAGAGUCUCCUCGAUGUAUGGGGGAAAGGUGUUUUUAUCCCCGGGACACACCCACCCAGGUGUGUCCCAUUUUGCUGACGACCCUCCCAGCUCCGCCCACCGACAUCCUAUAAAGGAAAACAAGAGCAGAGGGAAAUCAUUUGGCAGACAGAGUUAAAGGGUAGUCACAAUGGAGCAUAAUGUAUUUACAGUUUUCAAGUACUGGUGAGAAAUAAUGCAUUCCAAUUAGUGCAUAGAUUGUAAUGGACACCUAUGAUGUGUGUAAAAUACUAUUUUGAAGGUUAUACUGAUUAUGAUGAGCUAAUGCUAAGCUAUUUGUCAGCUAUGUGUGGCACCAUGUUUGUUGACAUUAUACAAUGCAUUCUGUAAUUGCUAUUAGCUAAAUCAUAUUGUGGUUUCUGUCAGCCGAGAGUUAGCUAAAUAUGACCUUUUGUUAAGCCAAUCUUUCCUAAGUUAGCGCUAGGUCUAAUGUAGCCUACAUUUUCCGGUUUGGAUGAUUGUGUUAUGCUGUUGCUACUUCUGUGAAUGUCUGAACAUUGCAUCCAGAAAUAAACUGGUCACAUUCAUGACCUAACUUUGUGAGGACUGUGUUUGUGCAAAAUGUUUCUGUGAAAAAACAGUGUGGGCAGCUCAAACACUGACUGUUUUAAGUAAGCGUUCUAAUCACACCGGUUUGAGCGUACACUGCAGGGACCACUAUAGAAUAAUCACAGCCGUUUGUUGGUAUGUGUCAAAGGGUUAAAGAACACCCUCUGUGUUCUGUUAGACAGGUAGCUCUUUAUGCACAAUAUAGCAGGGGGUGUAAAGCCAUAACGCAUACAUUUUUCCAGCAGCAGACUAUGAUCGAUAAUGUCAAAAGCCGCACUGAAGUCUAACAAAACAACCCCCACAAUCUUUUUAUCAUCAAUUUCUCUCAGCCAAUCAUCAGUCAUUUGUGUAAGUGCUGUGCUUAUUGAAUGUCCUUCGCUAUAAGCAUGCUGAAAGUCUGUUGUCAAUUUGUUUACUGUAAAAUAGCAUUGUCAAACACAAUUUUUUCCAAAAGUUUACUAAGGGUUGGUAACAGGCUGAUUGGUUGGCUAUUUGAGCCAGUAAAGGGGGCUUUACUAUUCUUGGGUAGCGGAAUGACUUUUGCUUCCCUCCAGGCCUGAGGGCACACACGUUCUAGUAGGCUUAAAUGUAUAUGGCAAAUAGGAGUGGCAAUAUCAUACGCUAUUAUCCUGGUAGUGGUAGUAGUAGACUGUUAGGCUAUUGGUAGCUAGUACUAAUGAUAUCGGUAGUGGUGGUCUCACAAAACAUCUCCUCAGUCAAGGUCAAAGCUAAAGGGUCAGAGUUUUAUUUCACCUCUCUAGCCACUGGGAGCUCUCUGUCCUCUAACUCUCAUUUCUUUAUCUUUCUCCAUCUCUAUUUUUCUCUUCAUUUGUCCCGCUCUUCUUUUAUUAGAUUAUUCCUUUAUGCCCUUUUCUACUCUUUUUGAAGUCUCGCCACUCUUGUUAAACGCAGGCCCUAAGUGUGAGAGAGAGGGGGCUGGAGGGGGGGUAGAGGAGGAGGAAGGGUGGGGGGAGGUGGGGGUCCACAUUUGGGCCAGAACUGUUCUAUCCAUUGAAGAUGGCAGCUAGGAGGGGGGCUGUGCGUGGCUUUUGGAUUUUCGACCCCUCCAUUUUAUUUUUGUGUCUUUUUUUACGGGGAAGGGAUGCGAGGGUCCAGCUGGUGGUGUGAAUGGCUGUCCAAGGUGACUGGAUCCCAAUAAAGAGGCGGUCGGCCUGGCUGGGGGCCUCCUUCCCAGCCCAGACACAGCCUUUAUAGGCCGGCUUACGAGCCUGGUCCUCUAUUAAACCCUGGCCAGCCUGCGCUGAGGAAUUUAGGGCCAGGAAACAAGAGAAAAACAGGGGGGUUUGGGAAUGGGCAUGGGGAGGUGAAGUUGGGGUGACUGAAGGUGAAAGUUGAAAGGCAUGUUAGAGGGGAUUGCUUUGGGGGCUUGGUCUGUGAAUGUGGCUAAAUGUAUGGGUAUUUAUGCUUGUUUGACCAUUUAUAAAUGAAUGUGUGUGUGUGUGUGUGUUUGUGUGUGUGUGUGUAUCUAUGCAAAUGUCUGCUGUUUGUUGUGUGUGUGAAGUCAGGAAAAACCCAGUGCAUUUGUAGUUAUAUUUAGUAGCUAGAUGGUGCAUAGACCUGAAAUGGUCAGUGAUAAAAAGAGAAGAACCGCACUCUUAGAAUUAAGGUGAAUACAAAAUAAAGACGUUUUCCAUUUUAGACAUAGACAAAGGUUUCGCUCAUCUGGGCUUCAUCCAUGUCGUCUCUGUGUUAAAAUGUUUGUCUCUGUGUGUGUGUGUGUGUGUGUGUGUGUGUAUUUGACGUUGUUUAUUUUGAGGGUUUUCAUUGGCAGCAGUUGAAUGACUGCUUGUGGCACAGCAAAUGGUGUUAUAUUGUGUGCCAUUUUCCCCCUGCGAGACAGAAGGGAGGGACAGAGGGAGACAGCAGAGUCUCAUAAACACCUUCAGUCUGUUUGUUCAAAUGUGGCUAGAGGUAUACAAGCAUGUCGGGUUGGGCAGGCAUUCAAAUUAAAAAAGACACACACACACACCAUUCAGCUGUCAGUUAGUCAGACAGUCAGAGGUAUGCUCCACCCCCCACUCCCCAGAAGUGGAGACGGCAAUCAAAUCUCAUCUGCCAAUCAGCAUUUUAUCAGCAUAGCCAUCUGGCCAUCAGAUAAUUGUGUCUCUUUUCCAUCUUUCGAUCUCUCUCUUUAAAUUCAAUUCAAUUUAAGGGCUUUAUUGGCAUGGGAAACGUAUGUUAACAUUGCCAAAGCAAGUGAAGUAGAUAGUAAACAAAAGUGAAAUAAACAAUAAAUAUUAACAGUAAACAUUACACUCAGAAGUUCCAAAAGAAUAAAGACAUUUCAAAUGUCAUAUUAUGUAUAUAUACAGUGUUGUAACAAUGUGCAAAUAAAUAAACAUAAAUAUGGGUUGUAUUUACAAUGGUGUUUGUUCUUCACUGGUUGCCCUUUUCUUGUGGCAACAGGUCACAAAUCUUGCUGCUGUGAUGGCACACUGUGGUUUUUCACCCAGUAGAUAAGGGAGUUUAUCAAAAUUGGGUUUGUUUUCGAAUACUUGGUGGAUCUGUGUAAUCUGAGGGAAAUAUGUGUCUCUAAUAUGGUCAUACAUUUGGCAGGAGGUUAGGAAGUGCAGCUCAGUUUCCACCUCAUUUUGUGGGCAGUGUGCACAUAGCCUGUCUUCUCUUGAGAGCCAGGUCUGUCUACGGCGGCCUUUCUCAAUAGCAAGGCUAUGCUCACUGAGUCUGUACAUAGUCAAAGCUUUCCUUAAGUUCGGGUCAGUCACAGUGGUCAGGUAUUCUGCCACUGUGUACUCUCUGUUUAGGGCCAAAUAGCAUUCUAGUUUGCUCUGUUUUUUUGUUAAUUCUUUACAAUGUGUCAAGUAAUUCUCUUUUUGUUUUCUCAUGAUUUGGUUGGGUUUAAUUGUGUUGUUGUAGUGGGGCUCUGUGGGGUCUGUUUGUGUUUGUGAACAGAGCCCCAGGACCAGCUUGCUUAGGGGACUCUUCUCCAAGUUCAUCUCUCUGUAGGUGAUGGCUUUGUUAUGGAAGGUUUGGGAAUUGCUUCCUUUUAGGUGGUUGUAGAAUUUAACGUCUCUUUUCUGGAUUUUGAUCAUUAGCGGGUAUCGGCCUAAUUCUGCUCUGCAUGCAUUAUUUGGUGUUUUACGUUGUACACGGACGAUAUCUCUGCAGAAUUCUGCAUGCAGAGUCUCAAUUUGGUGUUUGUCCCAUUUUGUGAAUUUUUGGUUGGUGAGCGGACCCCAGACCUCACAACCAUAAAGGCAAUGGGUUCUAUAACUGAUUCAAGUAUUUUUAGCCAGAUCCUAAUUGGUAUGUCGAAUUUUAUGUUCCUUUUGAUGGCAUAGAAGGCCCUUCUUGCCUUGUCUCUCAGAUCGUUCACAUCUUUCUGGAAGUUACCUGUGGCGCUGAUGUUUAGGCCGAGGUAUGUAUAGUUUCUUGUGUGCUCUAGGGCAAUGGUUUCUAGAUGGAAUUUGUAUUUGUGGUCCUGGCAACUGGACCUUUUUUGAAACACAAUUAUUUUUGUCUUACUGAGAUUUAGUGUCAGGGCCCAGGUCUGGCAGAAUCUGUGCAGAAGAUCUAGGUGCUGCUGUAGGCCCUCCUUGGUUGGUUUCUCUUUCUCUCCUAUGUCAAUCAGCGCUGCCCCCCCCCCCCCCCCCCCUGAUCUCUUAAAAUAUUUGCCUUUGAGCUGCCCUCCUGGGUAGAGCUGAAAGGCUGGGCUAGAGGGGGGUUGGACUUGUUUGUUGACAAGUCUCCCUUUAUCAGUUACUCCAUAUUUAUACAUCAGGUUAACUUAUUUAGGGAACAACACUGUGGUCCCAUUGAACCCCAGUCGUGUAUUGUACUUGUAUUGUACCUUCAAAGAUGUUUGGGGGCUUCAGAAAGAAAUGUUGACAUGCAGUAAACCUAUUAGCUGCAAUACUGAAAUGUGCAGUAAGUUAAUGUAUGUCUUUAUUGCCUCCCUACUCUCUCUCUCUCUCUCCCUCAAUUAAAUUAAAUUCAAAGUGCUUUAUUGGCAUGGGAAACAUAUGUUUACAUUGCCAAAGCAAGUGAAAUAGAUAAUAAACAAAAGUUAAAUAAACAAUCUCUUUCUUUCUCUCUCUCUCUCUCUACCUUUCCCUCUAUCUGAGCAGCAGUAGAGACCCAGAGCACCAGCUCUGAGGAGAUGGUGCCCAGUUCACCCUCUCCGCCCCCUCCUCCCCGCAUCUACAAGCCUUGCUUUGUGUGCCAGGACAAGUCCUCUGGAUACCACUAUGGGGUCAGCUCCUGUGAGGGCUGCAAGGUGAGACACACAGAGAGACACAAUAGACUCAGUCAAUAUAUACAGACAGGAUGUAUAACCCAAGCAAAUACAUGAUAUAUACAGAACAUGCAUACACAAACAAACAAGCCAUGAACAGUCAGACAGGGGCACACAUACAACCUACCAUAACUGUUUCCAUGCAGUUGAUCCCUAUUCUGAGACAUUAGAGGAUGUAAAGAUGCCUGUACUGCCCUCUGCUGCAAUCUUUAUCUAAGGACAAAGGCAUGGGCUCAAAUAUCCUCCUGUAGAGUGAGACAUCUAUGCUCCGGAAACAAUGUUUUAAUGGCUGAUUUCUCUCUCUCUUCUACUCUCUUGGUUUCUCAUACUCUCUCUCUCUUUCUUUCUCAGGGAUUCUUCCGGCGCAGUAUUCAGAAGAACAUGGUGUAUACCUGCCACCGAGACAAGAACUGUCAGAUCAACAAGGUGACCCGUAACCGCUGUCAGUACUGCCGGCUGCAGAAGUGCUUCGAGGUCGGCAUGUCCAAAGAAGGUGAGUGCCAGUGCCACAGAUGGAUUACAUUACAACCAGUUUUGUCAAUCCCUGCUGGGUAUGUUGUGCUGAAGUGUAAAGGUGUGAGGGGAUCAGAGAUGGUUUGAAUACAGAGAGUGUGUGAGAGGCAAAGAGUGUUUUGGAAAGGGAUCUCAGUACAGUUCAUGUCUGUGAGUAUUUGGAUAGCACUGAAAUCACAAUAUGUCCCCUCUAUAAGUGGACAUCCUGAGAGGGAGGAAAGAGUGAAGCAUAUGUUACUUUAUCAGACGACAACAAGUACCACCCAAUCUAUCACUCAUCUUCUCUCCCUCCUUCGUUUUAAUAAUCAUUUAGUUGGUGCUUUUAUUUGUCCUAUUUCACACAUGUGUGAAUUGGAAAUGUGUUGCCUCAGAGAGUGGGGUCACAGCCAGGGUCUGCCAUUAUCAACGGCGACCCUGAAGCAUUUAGGAUUAAGUGCCAUGCUCCAGUGCACAUCGACAGAUUUUUCACCUUGUCGGCUCAGGGAUUCAAACUAGCGACCUUUCAGUUACUGGCCCAACACUCUAACCGCUAGGCUACCUGCUGCCUUCUCCCCCAUGCAGCAGUGCGUAAUGACAGGAACAAGAAAAAGAAGGAUGUGAAGGAGGAGGUGGUGUUGCCGGAGAGCUAUGAGCUCAGUGGAGAACUGGAGGAGCUAGUCAACAAAGUCAGCAAGGCCCACAAAGACACCUUCCCCUCACUCGUCCAACUGGGCAAAUACACUACAGUGAGUCAAGUACACACACAUGCACAUGCACACGCACGCGCACACACACACACACACACACACACACAUAUCUCAGCCCUCUCUCUCUGUGUCUCUCCUGUGUUCCAGAACUCCAGUGCAGACCAUCGUGUGCAGUUGGAUCUGGGGCUGUGGGAUAAGUUCAGUGAACUUUCCACCAAGUGCAUCAUCAAGAUAGUGGAGUUUGCCAAGCGCCUGCCAGGCUUCACCACCCUCACAAUCGCUGACCAGAUCACACUCCUCAAAUCAGCCUGUCUGGACAUACUGGUACCUAAACACCUCUCCCUCCACCUCCACUCUGUCUGUACUCCUCUCUCCCUCACUGCUCUUUACAGUGCACACUCAUCUCUCCCUCCACCUUCACUCAUCUCUCCCUCACUACAAUCUAUCCACUCCUCUCUCUCCCUUACAAUGCUUUAUCCAUACUCCGCUUUCCCUCAACACACUAUACACACACAUUGCACUAUCCACGUCACUGUCCUCAGUCCUCUGUCACUCCCUACACUUUACACGACCCCUCUUCCUCGUCCUCCCUUUUCAUCAUCCUUGUUGUCAUUAUUCCCCUAACCUCUCUAUCUUCUCCUCUCCUCACUCUCAGAUGCUGAGGAUCUGCACUCGCUACACCCCGGAGCAGGACACAAUGACCUUCUCAGACGGGCUGACCCUGAACCGGACCCAGAUGCACAACGCAGGCUUCGGCCCGCUCACAGAACUGGUGUUUGCCUUCGCUGGCCAGCUGCUGCCUCUGGAGAUGGACGACACAGAGACCGGCCUCCUCAGCGCCAUCUGCCUCAUCUGUGGAGGUACUGAAGCAUUGGCUGUUAUAGUGUGUGUGUGUGUGUGUGUGUGUGUGUGUGCGCACGCAUGUGUGUUUGUCUCAAUAUACUAAGCACUCUUUCCUCUUCUCUUUUUGUUCCCAUCUUUUUUCCCCCCUGACCCUAUGUCAUUGGCUGUUUACUCUUUCUCACCUUCUAUCAUUGUUUGUUGGCUCUCUCCCUCAGAUCGUAUGGACUUGGAGGAGCCCCAGAAGGUGGACAAGCUGCAGGAGCCCCUCCUGGAGGCCCUAAAGAUCUACGCCCGCCGCAGACGCCCCAACAAGCCCCAUUUGUUCCCCCGUAUGCUGAUGAAGGUCACUGACCUCAGGGGCAUCAGCACCAAGGGUCAGUACAGAUAAGGAUGUAGUACACAGGACAGAGACACGGCACAGCCUAGAUCUCUAUUCUUAACAUAGGCUAUAGCCUUAACACAUUCUGACACAUAGAUCAAUAUGCAUGUAUGGUAGAGCCUCAGACUCUUGCUUUCAAUCAGUAUUGAUAGAGACAUAGAGCCCCAAAUAAUUAACAAUUUAUAACUAACUGAUUGUACGUCGCUCUGGAUGAGUCUGCUGAAUGGCUAAAGUGUAAAUGUGAAUGUAAACUCAUGUUUAUGCGUGUCUCUGUCUCUCUCUCUCUGUGUGUACUGUAGGUGCGGAGAGGGCCAUCACUCUGAAGAUGGAGAUCCCAGGCCCCAUGCCUCCUCUGAUCAGGGAGAUGCUGGAAAACCCUGAGGCCUUUGAGGACAGCAGCGACUCUGGGGACAGCGCCUCUGCCGCCGCCCCCCCUGCCAUCCAGGCCAUCAAGAAAGAGAGAGAGGAGGAGAAGAGCCUGGAGGAGGAAGAUGAGGAGGACGAUUGGGGGGACGAUGAUAGGGAGAGAGGGGUGGACAGCGAUGGGGAGCCCUGGGGGGAGGCUGCAGUGGCAGCAGGGGGGUCCCAGAAAGGGACGACUGGGAGAGCCCAGUGA